CUUGGCUCCAUUUCCCCUAAUGCUUAAAAAUUAAUCUGGCUCUUGUACAAUAAAUAAAUUUAAUGGCCAGAUCACACGACCUACUCCCUAACGAUGCCCGCAAAGGUUCCGUCCGGCUCUGCGCGCUCUAAUAAGGCCAAGACCGUAGAUUUAACCAAAGAAAUCAAGAUCAUCAGGACCAGAAGCGAUUUCGACAAAUUCAUAAAUUUGCAAAGGGAAGGUGCCAAUUCCGAGACUUUGGAUGAUAUCAAUUCCCUGAUAGACUAUGUGGUUCAUUCGAAACAGUCGAAUGUAAACAGGACAAAACCUUUGAAGGACGUCGUUCGCAAAAAAAUCGAAGUUCCGCCCACGGUUCUUCAUAAAGAUGAGAAUUUUGUAUCAUACCCAUUUCAAAUACCUCCAAGAUACAUUAGAUAUAUCCAAACACGUGUCAGUGUCCCUGGAAUAAAAAUAUCGGAUAAUACAGUCAUUCACUAUAAUUUAUAUAAAGAAGAUCGCCUCUUUAUCGAAACAUUCAAUUCAAGAUCCUCCGACUUACAAAUCUCUAUCAAUGAAUUCUUGAUAAUAAUGGACAUUUUGGAGAAAACUUCAUCACAGUGUAAUGCUAAUAAACCCUUUUCAUAUGAACUUGGGUUACUAAUGGCCAGAGAAAAUGGUGUUGCAGUACCCGCAUAUAUACUACGCGAAGUUCAUACACAUUGGGUGAGAAGAAGAAAUGAGUUCGGAUUGCCUUUGAUAAGGCAUUUAUGGCCCCAAACAUGUCCAAAUGACGCAUCUCCACUGGCUUUGUUCAGGCCAAGAGCUAAGGAUAAGAUGUUGCUCAGGAGAUCCAGAAGAACACAAGCCGAGAAUAUUCAGUAUUUAUACCAUUUAAUCGAUGGUUUCAAACGGGUAUUGAAGAUAUUGAGUAAGAUGAGGCAGAGGGAUGAAAAGAAGUUGAUAUUAGCCGAGCUUGACAUUGUCCUGUUUGACCAAAGGCGUAAUGAACUUGUGGACCCCACCUACACUUGCCCUUUUUGGAAUUGUAUACUAGAUAUCAAAAAAUCCAAAGCCGUUAAAAGACGUAAACCCAACUCUAUAUGUAGUGAUGAGGGCAUUCCUGGUAGAGAUAUGAAGUUGGACUAUGUUGAGCGUACAGUUUUGGGUGAGAAUAUUCUUGAUUUGCCUGAACCUGAAAGCUACAAAUCAAUGCGUCUCACAAGAAGGUUAGGUAGAGGUGGUCGCAUCUGGAUCGAUCGAUUCUUUAUCAAUCAUAACACUAGCGAUAACAUUCAUAACAACGUUAAUCCAAUCGAGGAAUUGGAUAACUCUGUAGACAAUAAUUCUGUCGCAGCCCAAGAUGGAACGGAUUUGGAAAAAAAUACUAAUACAACAGUGGAUAAUGUAGAAGUGGAUAAAGAAGUAAGAGUUAAAAAAGAACCCCUGGAACCGGAAAAUGGUAAAGAAAGUGUUGAUGAUGGAUUUACGAUAAAUAAUAAUCUCGACAGAGCGUUGAAUUUGUCAAACUUCGACAAUUUUAGCAUUUAUUCAAAUGAAACCGUUUUGGAUACUAGACCACCCUUCGCUAACCCAUACGAAGCAGGUCAUGUAUACAAUACUCUAGGAUUAUCAUUGUUUUCGAUACCUGGAUAUAUAAAGAAGCAGUUUCAGGUGCUGAACAUGCUGGACAACAUGAAUGUUCAUGAAUCCUCGAAAUAGUUUCAUUCACUCCUCUGCAUAAUUUUUCCAAACGCCUUCCAACACUUUACACUAAUAAUUAUUAAUCAA